AUGCUACAUUUUUCUCCUUGGAGUCAAAAAAUAGAUCCUAUAACACAUAGACUUUAACAUAAGGCAUAAUUAUCAUUAUCACCUUAUGUACAGCCAAAAACAGGAAGAUUAAAUAAUCUAUCACUUUAAUAGAAUCUUAGAAAAAUGAACUCUUAAUUUUACAAAUAACAAAACAGUGGAAUUUAAGAAGAAUCUAAAUAAUACAAUAAUGCUAGCAGUUAAACUGAUUUACCUUCAUUAGAAUUAGAAGAAAUAUUAAAUGCAUAAUAAUAAUAAGAAUAAUCAUCAAGAAAAUAUCAAAAUGUUAUACUUUAAAAAAAAGAUCAUAAUCAUUAAUCAACUAUCAUUAGUUUAUUAUAGACUAUUCAUUUUAAAUCAGAUCAUCAUUAAUCUCUUAAAAAUAAAGUAUAAUAACUUAAACGAGUAAUUGUGCAAAAUAAAAAUAGAAUUAUAACUGUUGUAGUUGUUAAUAAUGCUACUUAAUUUGUUUCAUAUUUGUUUAAUUCAAAUUAUUUUGAUUAACUUCCUGAUCAUUUUUUUAUUACAUAACACCAUCCCUCUUUCUUUAUUACAUAAGUAACUAUUUCAAGUACUAAUUCCUCAAAUACUGUUCAUUCAUAUUAAGAUUUGUUGACUGUAACCAAAAAAAAUAGAAUAUAUGAUGUAAACUUAAAUAGAUUAUUAUAUGAUUAAUCAUAAUCUUUUAUACAUUAUUGUCCUGAUAUUGUGAUAGUUACAAUAGGUAAUCUUUAAGAAGAACUAUCAAAUAGAUAGAAGGAUAAGUCUUUUUUGGUUAGAAGUGCAGAAUAAAUUUAAAAAGAAACUAUUAGAACAAUAAGAUUAAAUAAAAAAAGAACAAAAUUUAAAUUAAAGGAAUUAUAUUGA